AUGGAACUAAACUGGCUAACUGCACGCAAUAACCAUACCUACGAAAAUGGACGCCGCUACUACGGCUUCAAGGGCGAGUUCCCCUUUCCAGACGACAAACAGGCCGCCACAGCACACGGGGCCAUCAGCACCAUCUGGUAUUAUCUUCUAGACGGCAGAAGCUUUAUUGCCCCCAUAAAUUCGGUCCGGAAAAACCACAAAUUUCUCGAAUUCGCUAUCCGCAGCGGCUCCUGGACGAUUGGGGUGCUGCAACGGCAUCAUCCCGCCCCACGCUUAACGGGCAUGGAUCCAACCCCUAUGUUGCCAAAUCUCCGGGAUUUCGUACACCACGACCUUCAAAGUGACUGGUCGUUUACUGCAAAACAGGCGUUUCAUUUGAUCCAUGCGGAGUCGUUAGGCGGGGUGAUUGCCGACUACGAUAAGUUCUAUGCUAAUGCGUUCCGGCAUCUUGUCCCCGGCGGGUGGUUGGAAGUGUGGGGAAACGACUUGCGCUUCUUUACCGACAACGCGCAGGAUGAGACUCGACUGGUAGCGCUGAGGGAGUGGGAAGCCCUGAUGCACGAGGCAGCGACCAAGUUUGGCAAGAGAGUCAACGUGGCAGCCGAGCAGAAGGAGCUGAUGCACUCAGCUGGCUUUGUACAAGUCGAUGAACAGGUAUUCAAGGUGCCCUUUGGCAAGUGGAGUGAUGACCCGACUCUGAAUAGGGUUGGGGAUCACUAUGUGUUCCAGAUGCAGUGCGCGCUGGAGGGAUACACGCUGCGCCUGUUCACCAGGACAUUGGGCUGGUCAAGGGAAGACACUGAUGCCCUGCUUAUUCGGGUUCAGGAGGAACUCAAGCAAGAGGAUCUGCGGCUCUAUUCAUAUUUUCAUCUCGUCAUAGGGCAGAAGCCAGCACAAGCCGCUCGAAAGUAA